AUGGCGCCGCCACGCUCCGGGGCCAGGCGCGGCAGGCCGUCCGACGCGGUAAUUCACUACACCAAGCGGCUCAACCGCGAGUGCGCUGAGCGCGGCGACGUCGCGGGCGCGCGGGCCUUGCUCGAUGCGAUGGAGGGCGAAGGCCUCGCGCCGACUCUCGUGACGCUCAACACACUUCUCAAAUGCUACCGCAACGCGCGGCGUCCGGACGCGGCGGAGGCGACGCUAGAUCGCGAAUUUCGGCGCUGGGGGCUCGAGCCCGACGGCUGCUCCUUCUGCACGCUCAUUGACGCGUACGGGCUCUCCGGCGACCUGGCUGCGGCGUGGCGAAUCCUGCACCGAGCAGAGGCCGCGGGCGCGGCGGACGCUCGCGUCUACUCGGCGAUCAUGCGCUUUCUCGCGCCCGCGGAAGUGCCCCCCCUCAUCGAGCACAUGCUGCUGAGGGGGCUCUCGCUCUCCGUCACCGUCUGCAACGCGGCGCUCAACGCCUUUGCUAACGCAGGCGACCACCUCGCCGCCGCGGCCUUCUUCGACCGGCACAUGCGGGGCGACGUGAAGCCAGACGAUCGCUCGUACUCGCUCCUGCUCAAGGGGGCACGCUAG